UUCAUCCGUUUUUAUCAUCAAAUCAAAACACACGAUACGAAUUUAUAUGGUUUAUUAUGAUUUUUUGAUGAGUACGACGUGCAUUCAUUCAUCAUAAUGAAUACUUUCUAUAUUCUUUACAUCAUCAUAUUGAUAUUUGGAAUAUCCGAUUGUGGACGGGUUCAUAAAAUCCCAGUCAAUACAAAGAAAGCUGUUGAAAAAACAAGUAACAUCGCGCAGAAAGCGGCGCAGGAAGCGAAAGCCGCGUCCGAAGCGCAGAAUAUCGCUGGUCAACAAGCAGCUCGUCAGGUAAAGGCUCAACUGGCAGAGAAGGCGGUUCAAGCUGCGAAAGCCGCCGAGGCGGCCUUAUCGGGCAAGGAAGCGAUGGUCGAACAGCUGCGAGAGGAAGUGAAGGAAGCAAGAUCGGUGGUUCAAGAAGAAACAUCUUCCUUGCAACAAGCGCAGGCUAACCUCAAUGUCGCAGUGCAAGCGGCGCGGCAGUCACAAGAUCAGCUCAGGACACUAAUGAACGCAGUGCAUACAGCCAAAUCGAAUGCGGCAAAUGCGCAGGCAGUUGCAAAUGGGGCACAGAGAUCGCUGCGAGAAAAAGAGGAGUUGCUGGAAGCGGCCAAGAGGCGAGUGGAUGAACUAUCAAAUCAAUUGCAAAGUGCUCGGCAAGAUCUUGUGAAUACGAAUCGUGCAGCAGCCAAAGCCAAUGCUGCUGCGAACGAAGCGAAGGCGAACGCCGCUAGAAACAAAAGAAAAUUAGCACAUCUCAGAAAAAUGCGUGCGCCACGUCUAAGAGCAGAAGCUUCUUCUUGAGCAGAAAUGUCUUCUACAUCUUAUUAUAUAUCGAAAGAUUUAUUAUUACAUAUUUAAGCAAGAUUUACAUGAUGUUUUUUUAAUAGCAGCUAAAGUAUUAAUUCUAACGAACUAAAAAACUAGCAAUUAAAAGCUAAAAACUUGCAGCU